AUGGCGAUGGCCAAAGUUGAAACGCCGCAAGGAAUGUGCUUUAAAGGUGACAUCGCCACAGAAUGGAAGUCUUUCAAACAACGCUUCAAACUAUACUUACUAGCAACAGGAGGCAGUAAAAAAUCGGAUGCAGAGAAGGUUGCCUUAUUCUUAUCGCUUGGAGGCACAGCUCUCAUUGAUGUCUAUAACACGCUUGACUUCGGAGAGGCAACCGAGGUAACACCAGAGCCAGAUUUAGUGUGGAACACGGUUAUAGAGAAGCUUGACAAGUAUUUUGCACCUAAGGAAAACGAAAUCCAAGCACGGUACUCCUUUCGCUGCCGAGUUCAGGGCACUGAUGAGGCCUUUGAUACGUUCUUAACGGACUUGAAGCUGCGUGCCAAAGCAUGUAAUUUUCAAGCACAAACUGACAAAAUGAUACGAGACCAAGUUGUCUUCGGGGUUGAAAGUAACGCUCUACGAACAGACAUUUUAAAGCACGUGGAUCCAACCCUUGACAACGUAGUUAAAAUAUGUCUUGCACAUGAGUCAGCGGCAAAGCAACUGAAGGCAUUCCAAGACAACUCACCUGCGAAACGAACCGAGAGUGUCAUUAACGCCAUACGAUGCAAAGAACAGCGUUCCAAAACGAAGCCAACUCAGACAGGUAGCAACGAAAACAAGAAGGAAGUGCAGAACUGUCGCUAUUGUGGGGGACGACAUAAGCGGCUGAGAAGUGAAUGCCCAGCUUGGACUAAAAAUUGUGCAAAGUGCGGUAAAAAGAAUCAUUUUGCAAAAGUAUGCAAAGCGGGCAAAGUUCACGGUUUGCAAGAAGACAGUCCCAUUAGUUCUGAAGAGGAAGUGCUUCACGUAUCCACAAAUAAUGACAAGAAACGAAUAUUCGCAACUAUGCUACUUGAAGAUGGCAGCGCAGUGAAAUUCCAGGUAGACAGCGGAGCAACCUUGAACGUGAUUCCUGCUAAGUUCGUUGAAGGCAGGAAGCUGAGCCCAACAACAACAGCUCUGAGAGCUUGGAAUAGGAGUACGGUUACACCAGUCGGGACCUGCCAACUCUGGAUAAGGAAUGUAAAGCAACGAAAGACUCGCUCUCUCGUUGAAUUUGUUGUGGUAAAAGAAGAUUACACACCUCUACUCGGCAAGGAUGUGUCCGAAAAAAUGGGUCUUCUCACUUUUAACUAUGACCUCGUGUCACAAGUAUAUGAGGAGACAGCUAUCUUUGACAAGCACAACGAUGUGUUUAAUGAAGAACUUGGACAUUUGUCAGGAAAGGUACAUCUGACCGUGGACCCAACUGUACAACCACAACUAUGCACCACCAGCAGAGUGCCGGUGAACAUUAAGGCUGAAGUCAAAAAGCUACUUGACAAACUCGAAGCUAACGGUGUAAUCACCUCUGUAGAUGAGCCGACCCCGUGGGUGAACAGAAUGGUCAUUGCAGAAAAGAAGUCGGGAGAAAUGCGCAUCUGCAUAGAUCCACAAGCCUUAAACAAAGCAUUGCAAAGAGAGGUUCAUCAUCUGCCAGUGCUUGAUGACCUCUUGGCAGAUCUUGCAGAGGCAAAAGUAUUCUCCAGGUUUGAUCUCAUAAACGGAUACUGGCACUGCGAACUCGACGAAGAAUCAAGUUUGCUGACAACUUUUCAAACGCCAUUUGGAAGAAAGAGAUGGCUCAGACUGCCAUUCGGGUUGAAGGUCAGCAGCGAAAUAUUUCAGAAGCGUCUUCAAAUGGCACUACAGGAUAUGCCUGGUGUAGUCUGUGUGGCCGACGACAUUCUAGUCUACGGCGUAGGUUCCACUCAAGGACAAGCGCAAGAAGACCACGAUAAUAAGGUUGAGAAGCUGCUAAAUCGAUGCCGUCAAGAGGGCAUCAAACUCAACAAAAGGAAAUGUGAGCUUAACAGGGCAGAAACUCUCUUUUUGGGACACAGACUUACAAAGGAAGGUCUUGCAGUAGACACAGACAAGGUGAAGACAAUUACAGGGAUGCUACCACCCCAAGAUGUGCAAGGAGUGCAACGAUUCUGCGGCAUGGCUAACUAUCUUUCGCGCUAUAUGCCACGUCUGUCCAGCGAACUAGAACCGUUGAGGAGACUAACCAUGAAAGAUACGCCAUGGAUAUGGGGAGCUGAGCAAGAUGCAGCCUUCAACAAGGUCAAGAGCAUGGUUACGCAAACCCCAGUGCUUGCAUACUACGACAAUAAAAAGGAGUUGACUAUACAAUGCGACGCCAGCAAAGACGGACUAGGCGCAGUCCUGCUACAGGAAGGACAUCCAUUGGAAUUUGCAAGCAGAGCUCUAAGCCAACCAGAGACCAGAUAUGCUCAGAUUGAGAAGGAGAUGCUCGCAAUCAAAUUCGCCCUGCAGAGGUUUCACCAAUACACUUAUGGAAGAAAGACAACCGUCAUUACUGACCACAAGCCUCUACAAGCAAUCAACGAGUGA